AUGUUUGUAUUAAAACUCUUUUCCUUGAUUUUGAUUUUACAAAUCAAUUCCCAAAAUAUUCGAUCAUUUCAAAUGGCAAUAUUUAAUGAUUAUCAAUUUCAAUGUUCAAAUACAUACUGUUUAUCAGAUUUCACUUUUAUUUCCUUUGAUAUACGUGAUUGUCAAUUGAAAUGCUUAUUUCUAACAGAAUGUCAAGCAAUUACAUUUCAUCAAACAAAUUCAAGUUGUGAAUUAUUUCGAAAUAUAUCAAAUGAAAUAAAUUAUAUGUUAAGAAAUACUGAUACAAUAACAACAAUUGUUAUUGAUGGAACACGUUUCCCUUUUGAGCCGCCUUCCAUCGAUUUGUUGGAAAUCCAACACCAUCAACAAUGUCAUCAUCCACAUCCACAUCAUCCACCUCUACAUCAUCAACAUCCACAUCAUCAACAUCCACAUCAUCAACAUCCACAUCAUCCACGUCCACAUCAUCCACCUCUACAUCAUCCACGUCCACAUCAUCAACAUCCACAUCAUCCACCUCUACAUCAUCCACAUCCACAUCAUCCACCUCUACAUCAUCCACGUCCACAUCCACCUCUACAUCAUCCACGUCCGCAUCAUCCACCUCUACAUCAUCCACAUCCACAUCAUCCACGUCCACAUCAUCCACCUCUACAUCAUCCACGUCCACAUCAUCAACAUCCACAUCAUCCACCUCUACAUCAUCCACAUCCACGUCCACAUCAUCCACCUCUACAUCAUCCACAUCCACGUCCACAUCAUCCACAUCCACAUCAUCUACGUCUUCGACAACAGCAACAUCAGAUCCAUAUUGUAACAUCGCAUCAUGCCUGCACCAAUUGUUCUCGAGCGAAUUAUCCAAAUUUUCCCUCUGAUUGGCUCAACAGAUGGUAUAUUCAGGAUUUUUAUGUUUAUAAUUCAAGUUCAGAUUGCGCCGGAAAUCCAUAUAUCGGUACUUUAACGUUUUGUCAAACAGCAUGUUUGAAGGACAUUACAUGCGUCGGCUUUUCUAGAGCUAAGAAUGCUUUAGAUACCAACUCCACUGCGGAAUGUUAUUUGAAAAAUAACCUUACAGUUAGUCAAAUAUUUAAUGAUACCAACUGGCACACAGUGGUUUUCAACAGUAUAACAUAG